CGAGCGGGCGAGCGGGCGCCUCCGCUGGACGGCGCGGCGCAUUCUGGGAGUCGUGGUCCAGGCGAGCGGGCGCCUCCGAGUGAGCUCACGGAAGUGGCCGGCGCCGCGCGGGUGAGCUGGAGUUGUUUGACAGCCGUCACCCAUCUGUGGUUGCGGAUAUGUCCCCCAGCACCUUCGGCGUGCAUAAGUCCGGCAGGAGGCUGUGGAGUCAACAGAUUGGUUGUUCACCACGUGUUUGCUGUGCGCCGGCCUGUACUAGACCUUUGUCAUGGCUCGCCUUGGGUAACCUUGCAGCAACCCUCUGAGACCCAGUUCCAAUACUCCAGCCACCCUGUGCCUCCCUUUUGUGCUGCUGCUUGAUGGCCCUCCCCAAGAGCCCUCUGAGCCCAAUGCCCUGGGAACAGGAUGGCUUCCUACGCGUGAAGGUGGAGGAUGAGGAGCCCAGCCUCUCUGAGAUCCAGGAAUCUAGCUGUGGCCACACUGCCCACCCUGAGGCUGCACGUCUUCGCUUCCGGCGUUUCUGCUAUGAGGAGGCAUCCAACCCACAUGAGGCCCUGGCCCAGCUCCGUGAACUGUGCCACCAGUGGCUGCAGCCCGAAGCACACUCCAAGGAGCAGAUGCUGGAGCUGCUGGUGCUGGAGCAGUUCCUGGGCGCACUGCCCCCCAAGAUUCAGUCCUGGGUGGGUGCCCAGUUCCCCAAGAGUGGUGAGGAGGCUGCCAUGCUGGUGGAAGGUCUGACUCGGGCACUCGACAAGAGAGGAUGGGACCCGGGAGCCAAGCUCUCAGAGGCAAGCUGCAAGCAGAGUGAUUUGGAAGAGUCAAUGCCAUUAGACAGGACCACUGAAACCCUUCUGGUCGGUGUUUCCCUGGGACCCACCUUUGGUGAUGCUUGUGAACCUGAGGGCAGCUCAGAGAGGCAGGCAGGACUCUCGGGGGUCUGGACAAAGUCUGUCCCCCAAGAGAUGCAUUUCAGGAAAACUUCGGAGCCUCGCAAGGAUGUUCCCACUGACCAGCCCAGCUGUGAAUCUGGUGCCUUGGGGAAUAGUCCCAAUGUGUGGCCAAAUUUCACCUCACAGGAGAAGACACCAGAAGAGAAAUUUGAUCCAAUGGAUGGUGAUAGGACAGAGCCUCCAUGCAUACACUCAGGGAAGAAGUCUUCCAAGUGUGGCAAAUGUGGGAAAACAUUCCAGAGUCCCUCAGCCCUCGAGACACACCAGAAGAGCCAUUCUCGGAAGACACCCUACACCUGUAGUGAGUGUGGGAAAGCCUUCAGCCGGAGCACUCACUUGGCCCAGCAUCAAGUCAUCCACACAGGGGCAAAGCCCCAUGAGUGUAAAGAAUGUGGGAAGGCCUUUAGCCGGGUCACCCACCUGACUCAGCAUCAGAGGAUCCACACUGGAGAAAAACCCUACAAGUGUGGGGAAUGUGGCAAAAUGUUCAGCCGCAGUACCCAUCUCACUCAGCACCAGCGGGUGCACACGGGGGAGAGGCCCUAUGAGUGCGAUGAGUGUGGGAAGGCCUUCAGCCAGAGCACCCACCUGACUCAGCACCAGCGCAUCCACACUGGGGAGAAGCCCUACAAGUGUGACGCUUGUGGGAGAGCCUUCAGUGACUGCUCAGCUCUGAUCCGCCACCUGAGAAUCCACUCUGGAGAGAAGCCAUAUCAGUGUAAGGUUUGUCCGAAGGCCUUUGCACAGAGCUCCUCCCUCAUUGAGCACCAGAGGAUCCACACAGGAGAGAAGCCGUAUAAGUGCAGCGACUGUGGGAAGGCCUUUAGCCGCAGCUCAGCCCUCAUGGUUCACCUGAGGAUCCACAUCACGGUACUGCAGUAACUAAAGAAACCCCUUGGGACACAGAACAACUUUCCCUCAGAGGCUCAACAUCUAGGAGAAACCCUAAGUUUCAAAAGAAUAAAGAGUACCCUAAAAUGAUAAGGUGCUUCAGGGCAGACUCUGGGGCUGUCUGGGAACAACUCUGUGUUUGGAAACCCAGAUGGAGGUGCCUGAUGAACGCAAAGGUAUUCAGGCCAGCUGGAGAAGCUUCCAGAAAGAUCCUGCUUCCCUCCAUACUCCAUUCAGGCCCAUCUCAGAGAGAGGACAGCUGAGCUGAGGACUUGGAUUGGUCUUCAGAGCCAGGGCAAUUGGGGUGAAGUUUCUGUCGGGACUCAGUGGUCCCAGCAUUCUCUGGGCAGAAAGGUUCCACCUUCAUGUUCCCAUGUAGCUGCUCUUCUUGCCUUUUCCUCUCCUGCUUAGCCCAGGAGGGAUGCCAUCCCAUGCCCACCUCUGUGCCUUCACACCUCCUCUUUCGCUCCACCUAUUCACGUCUAACUCCAAGGCCAGCCUGUGAGGCUGCCUCUUCUGUGAGGCCUUCUCCAGGCCCUCAGUCUCUCCCACAUUCUCCUUAAUCAUGGGUUCAGCAUGAUGCUUGCCCAGCACCUGUUUCUCUUUGCCCUCUCCUUCUACAUCCCACCAGUCAUCAGCCCUGUUGGUUUUACCAAAAACUCACCUCUAAUCUGUCUUCACCAUUGUCACCUUCUGUGAGCCCUCAUCACCUCUCCUCUGGAUUCCAGCUGGGGUCUCCUCCCUUCGUUCUCUCCCCUGACCUCCCCCAGUUUCAUUCUCCACACGAGCCUCCAGGGAGCUCCUUUCGUAAUCCAAACCUGAUUGUGUCACGCCAUAGUGGAAAGCUCUCCAGUGCAUCACCUUCUGUGGCAAAGCUUCCUGAAUGGGUUACAAGUAUGCCACAACAUAAGUCUUGGCCCCAAACCACCUCUCCAGGUACCCUUGUAUGUGCAUGUGAAUACUGUCAUUUUUCUGUGUGUGCAGUGAUGUGAAAAUGGUUUCAAAGUACUGCCCUUUGGAAUAUAUGUCCAACUCCUUCCCUGCCAUUCAUGAUCAUGUGUGACCUGGCCCCCAGCCUCAUCUCGUACUGUAGUAGUCCCACCUUCCACAGACAAGCCAUGCGGAACUACUUGUGGUUCCUAAAGAAGCCAUAAUUUUUCCACCUAUGUGCCUCUGUAUCUGUGCCUGGAAACCUCCUCUCCUCUUGCCUACCAGAUGUUUCACAUAUCCCUCCCUCACAAAGCCUCCCUUACUUCCUUGAGCAGACUUCAGCUUGCCUUCUGUACUUCCAGAGCACCUCCUUAACUUCUCUGUAACUUCCUACCAUGUUGUAUUUACUGCUUACAGAGCUUGCCAUCUGUUUCCCAAAGACACUGAGCUUCCAAGAGCAGGGGCCGUGUCUUAUUCUCCAUAUCUGUAGCACAGAAUGCAAGAGGCUCUGACCAGUGGGUUGAAUAAAUAUACUGUGACUGGUGCCUUCCUGGAGGCAGUCACCAUGCUCCACCCUGUGACCUGACAUAGGUCUACAUUACUGUCUCCCCAGCACCCUGCAGGGCAAGAACAAUCUGAUUUUCCCAGAGCCCGAGCACUCAGACAAGGCUGGCAUACAGUGGCCACAAUAAAAUGUUACCAUGUUGAGUCUGCCCUUUCUGUCACCCCAGAAUCCACCUGGACUCAGUGCUUGCCAGCCUGCUGUCAGUGCUGUCUUUGGCCUUCUCUCACAGUUCUAUAUCCCUGGCCCUCUUUCAGGGUCCAUGUCUGUAACUGGAUGUCACAGCCUAUGUUCUUAACAAUCAGGGUGUCAGUCUUCCUUUCUUUCUGUGAUGAUCCCAUCACAUGUUAACCAUUUGACCUGCCAUACUGUUUUGUACUGCUCAUUGUCACCAUCUCUCCCUGUGUUUCUCCCUGUGUCUUGAAUUCAUUCCCUCUGUGUCACAAGUAAACAGCGUCACACAGACCCGAGGUUCAGAACAGCAGGUUGAGAGCCAGGGAGACAGAGAUCUUGUGUCAGUAUCUCUGAGAAAGUCCCAGAUAUACCUACACACACGAGACUGCCACUUAUAGUGAGACCAAGGCUGAGAGACUCAGAGAAAGUUGACAGACAUAGGGAAAAGCUCAGAGAUGAGAGAUACAUGUUCCUAGUGAAAUGAUCACACAGGCCUCCAACAAGCCUGCAGGCAGUGGAAAAGAUAUGGGCAUAAAGUCAGGCUGCAGAGCCCCACUCCUCCCCAGGGCUGCUCUUGGGACCUCAGAUAAGUGACUUCCCUGAACCUCAGUGACCUGCUCAUCUGUAAAGCAGGAAUAAGGUGACCUGCCUUGUGCAGCACCCAACCCAGGACCUGGCCACUGGCUUGUAGUAUCAAUCUCCACCUCUUUCUGCCCCCCACUUUCCUGGUCUUUGGCACUGAAGAGCUGAAUCUCCACCCCUUGGUGCUUUGAGCAUCUCCAGCACCCACUUUGUCAUGACAUACGUGUCUUCCCAUGUUUGUCUAAAGGGGGAGGAAGUCAAGGGGAAAAAGGAAUCUUUAUUAAGGAUCGACAUGUGUUGUUCAGUCUGCCAAAUAAUCUAUGUACAUCAUCUCACAACACUCUGAGGGCAGGAUGACCAUCCCCAUUUUAUAGAGGAGGGACGUGGCCAAGUUUACACUGCCAGAGACUGGAGACACUGAGAUUUGAAAGCCUAUCCAAAUAUGUCAGUAAUUUCAAUAAGCGCCACUAUAUUCAACAAGCCAAGUAAGAAGAAAAUACUAACACUGGAUUUCUUUCAAAUCCAGACAUAUGUUCUUUAGAAGAAACACAUCUAAAAUGGGAAAC